CGUCUUGCAUUGCUAGCAACAACCUAAACUCAGCACGGCGACACACUCGGCGACAACACUCGGCGACGGCUCCCAUCUAAUACGACACAGCAGCGACGACACCCCUAGUCAUCACAUUAGUGGACGAAUACUGCGCAAAACGAGUCUCGACUGCAUCGGUCACGAAAUAGACGGUAGAAUCGCAAUCGGUCGCCACCAUGUCAUCAGAUUCAGAGCGCGAGCAGGCCCUUGCCGCGUUCAAGCAGAAGCUGAUCGAGUCGCGGGAAUGGGAAACGAAGCUCAAGAACCUUCGGCUAGAAAUCAAGGAGAUGCAGAAGGAGUUUGACCAGACAGAGGAGAACAUCAAGGCGUUACAAAGCGUCGGUCAGAUUAUCGGCGAAGUGCUGAAGCAGUUGGACGAUGAGAGAUUUAUCGUCAAGGCCUCCUCAGGGCCGCGGUACGUCGUGGGCUGCCGGUCCAAGGUGGACAAGACCAAGCUGAAGCAGGGGACGCGCGUGGCGCUCGACAUGACAACACUCACCAUUAUGCGCAUGCUGCCCCGCGAGGUCGAUCCGCUCGUCUACAACAUGUCGCUCGAGGACCCGGGCCAGGUCAGCUUCGCCGGUAUCGGCGGGCUCAACGACCAGAUUCGCGAGCUAAGAGAGGUGAUCGAACUGCCCCUCAAGAACCCUGAGCUGUUCUUGCGAGUCGGCAUCAAGCCGCCUAAGGGCGUGCUCCUCUACGGCCCGCCCGGCACGGGCAAGACGCUGCUCGCUCGCGCCGUAGCCAGCAGCUUGGAGACAAAUUUCCUCAAGGUCGUCUCCUCAGCCAUCGUGGACAAGUACAUCGGCGAAUCCGCACGCCUCAUCCGCGAGAUGUUCGGCUACGCCAAGGAACACGAGCCGUGCAUCAUCUUCAUGGACGAGAUCGACGCCAUCGGCGGGCGGCGGUUCAGCGAAGGAACAAGUGCCGACCGCGAAAUCCAGCGUACGCUCAUGGAGUUGCUCAACCAGCUCGAUGGCUUCGAUUACCUCGGCAAGACCAAGAUCAUUAUGGCCACCAACCGGCCCGACACGCUGGACCCGGCGCUGCUCCGUGCCGGCCGGCUAGACCGUAAGAUCGAGAUCCCCCUCCCGAACGAGGUUGGGCGGCUGGAGAUUCUCAAGAUCCACGCGGCUAGCGUGGCCAAGGAGGGCGAGAUCGACUUUGAGAGUGUGGUCAAGAUGAGCGAUGGGCUAAAUGGUGCCGACUUGCGGAACGUGGUAACAGAGGCGGGCUUGUUUGCCAUCAAGGCAGACAGAGACGCGAUCAAUCAAGAUGACUUCAACAAGGCUGUGCGGAAGCUGGUCGAGGCGAAGAAGCUGGAGGGUAAGCUGGAGUACCAGAAAUUGUAAAAGGUGUCAUUGUGGAC